AUGUCCUAUGCGUCUUUGCUCACGCUGCACUUUCAUGAAGAGUCUCUGCAAGUUCAGCCACGCAUCGCUAUGAGCAACUUUGGACAGAUCCUGAAGGAAAUCGGGGAGUUUGUUUGUGACAAGAACGGUUUGAUUGAGGCAUCACAGUCCAUCUCCAUGGCAGGAAUUCUGUUUGGAGCGUUGGUGUAUGGGACUAUUUCUGACAGGUUUGGCCGACGAUUUGCCAUCCUGCUUGCAGUUUUCCUCCUGUUGGUGUUUGGUGUGGGCAUUGCUUUCUCACCAAACAUCUAUGUUUAUAUGGUUCUCAAGUUUUUCUGUGGGACUUCAAGUGUUGCCAUGACAAUGAACUUAUCAGUGCUGGCACUGGAAUGGACGGAUCCUUCAAAGUCUGCACUUUGCACAGUGGCCAUCCUAACUUUCUUUAGUAUUGGACUGAUAUCAUUGUCUGGCAUUGCCUAUUUGAUCCACAACUGGAGAAUCCUGCAGCUGGUGCUGUUCAGCCCUCUUGUCAUUGUCUUUGUAGCCCAUUGCUGGUUUCUUCCAGAGUCAGCUCGGUUGCUCUUGACACAUGGUAGGAAGGAGGAGGCACGAAAGGAGCUCCAGCGAGCAGCCAGGAUCAAUGGGAGGAAACUACCAGAAGAUUUGCUGGACAAGAUAAAUAUGGAGAGUACACCUGAAAAGAGAAACAUGUUUGACAUCUUCAAAAUACCAUAUCUGAGAAAAUAUACUCUAAUAAUGGGCUUCAACUGGUUUGCAGCAAGUCUUCUGUUCUAUGGACUGAGCCUGAAUGUUGGCGGUUUUGGCUUGAAUAUCUACCUCACGCAGUUCAUCUUUGCUCUUGUUGAAUUUCCUGCAAAUAUUUGUGGUUUGACUCUAAUUCAACACUUUGGAAGGAGAAUAUGUGAAGCCUGCUUCCUGUUCUUUGGGGGUGCUGCUUGCCUUGUGGUCCUUGCUGUUCCAAGGGAUCUUCCUGUGGUGGUAACAGUCAUCGCUGUGGUGGGGAAAUUUUCUGCCACUGCUUCUUUUACCACAGCCUACGUUUAUGCAGCAGAAUUGUACCCUACUGUUUUAAGGCAGAAUGGUAUCGGUCUAAACUCCAUGUGCGCUCGUGUUGCCGGCAUUCUUGCUCCAUUGAUCCGGCUGCUGGAGGUUUAUCAUUACACCAUUCCCAUGCUGAUAUAUGGCAUCGUCCCCAUUGCUGCUGGUGGAUUCUGUUUGCUGCUGCCUGAAACCCUCAAUGUUGAACUUCAGGAUCACACUGAGUUAAAGUGA